CUCUACUUUUUGUGUUAUGUAUUUUAGGUGUGAUUUAAGUGAUUGAAACAUGAAUUUUUGCUACAGAUAGGGCUUGACUGUAAUAAGAAAACUAUUUUGGAUGAAUAAACAUAAUUGUGCUUUUUUUCUCUAGAGAAAAAGAUGCUAGAACCACAAGAAAAUGGCUUGAUGGAUCUUCCAGAUUAUGAGCAUGUCGAAGAUGAAACUUUUCCUCCUUUCCCACCUCCAGCCUCUCCAGAGAGAGAUGGUGCAGAAGCUGAGCCUGAUGAAGAGUCAGGGAGAAGAGUACCUGUUCCCCAAAAGAGAACAGUUAAAAGGAAUCUACCCAAGUUGGAUGCUCAGAGAUUAAUUUCAGAGAGAGGUCUUCCAGCCUUAAGACAUGUAUUUGAUAAAACAAAAUUUAAAGGUAAAGGUCACGAGGCUGAAGACUUGAAGACACUAAUCAGACACAUGGAGCACUGGGCACAUCGGCUAUUCCCCAAGCUGCAGUUUGAGGAUUUUAUUGACAGAGUUGAAUACCUAGGAAAUAAAAAGGAAGUUCAGACUUGUUUAAAACGAAUUCGACUUGAUCUCCCUAUUUUACAUGAAGAUUUUGAUAGCAAUGAAGAAGGGCAAAAUAGUAAUUUUGAUGUGCCGGCUGAGGAGCCAGAUCCUUUUCUGCCAAAUUCAUCUGAAAGUGAGCUGUUUGCUUCCGAGUCAAGUCAAAGCCUAACAGAAGAGCAACAACAAAGAAUUGAGAGAAAUAAACAGCUGGCCUUGGAAAGGAGGCAGGCGAAGCUGCUAAGUAACAGUCAGACCCUCGAAAAUGAUACAUUAAUGGACACACCCAGGGCACAGGUAGCUGAAGAGGUUGAACUCUGCGAAGAGCAAAUGGAAGACCUGAGUAGCUCCAACAUAGAUGCUGAGGACAGUCCCCGUGAUGCUUCCUCCAGUACCUUCCCUGACGCAGAGCAGCCAAGAGGGGAGGAGAUAUGUGGGGGCCAUGGCUCUUAGCAUGGACAGUGAUGGCUUCAUGCUUUAUCCAGAAUGUCCCUGCAGUUAGGCAAACCUCCAUGGAGAGAAUAAUGCAGUCACUAUCCUGCAAGUUUUGGAGUGCUGUGCUUUGUCUCCUUUGUGCAGUAAAACUUGCAGAUUCCUACUUAAAAUUUUGUAUUUAUGUCCUUAAUGCCUACUGCUUUAGUCUGCUACCUUUAAUGUUUUAUACAGCUAUGUUGUCAUAAAAUCACUAAGAGCUGAUAAGCAGCUUCCUCUAGUGUGCUUUCAGUACCUUGUUUGCACUCCAUGAGCACUGUUUUUAAGAUGUAAAUAUGUGGAUUUACUACUGUCUGUGUAUAAAGUAAAAACUUAAUUUUACAAACUGUC